AUGUUAUUAUCAACGAAAGUAGAUAUACUUAAAAAACCUCUCAUCAAAACAACUAGAGUGUUGACUUCGAGACAUCUUCAAACAUUUGGAAAAUUCAAACCAUCAGCGAAUCUGAUAGAUGAUUCGGAAUUUUAUCCAGGAAAAAGUUCAAUGAUUAGAAUGGAAGAAUAUUAUAACACAAUAUUAUAUGAUGAUUUAAUGAUACUAACGUAUAAAGAUCCAAAAUCAGAGAAAACAUUUAUUGAAAAAAGACUUAAAAAACACCUACCUUUAACAAAAGUUACACGAGAUACUGAUAAUCCGUUUUUGAAAAAUCGUCCACCAUUAAAACCAAGGGGUGAUAAAAAAUCUAAACCCAUACCACCGCCUCAAACGCAUGAAUCAGUUCCUUAUUUAAAAGAAAUUUAUGUUCAUUGUAUGAUUAAACAAGCUAUUCAUAAUAAACAACAUUUAUUAAGUGGUAUCAUGGCUUUGCAAUGUAUUACUUCCGAAAGACCUACCGUCACAUAUUCUAAAACUGGUGUUGCUAAUUGGAAAUUGAGAGCGGGGAUGCCGAUCGGAUGUAAAGUAUGUAUUCAAGGCCCUCCAAUGUACACCUUUAUUGACAAAUUAGUUGAAAUAGUUCUCCCACGUAUGAAAGAAUGGCAUGGUGUGCCAAUGUCUUCAGGUGAUGGAGAUGGAAACAUUGCUAUGGGAUUUCCUGCUAGUGCAUUAUCUUUAUUUCCAGAUAUUGAAGGAAACUAUGAUUCUUUUCCUUUGAUGACGGGGUUUGAUGUUAUUUUUAAUACUACAGCUUACACUGAUUUUGAAGCAAGAUCGUUAUUGAGUGGAUUCCAAAUUCCUUUUAACGAAAGAAAACGAAGAAAUAAAUUAUAA